UUGGUUGGGAGAAAAAAAUAUCUACCGGAUGCGAAUUCAUCUUUGUUGUGAUUGAAAUAUUUUUUAUUGUUGUUGUAAAAAAGAAGUUAAAAAUCCAAAUAAAAAAAUAAAAUAUAUUAAAUGAAAUUCUACACAUUGAAAACAAGUGAAAAAUAUGAUGAUAAUUUCCUGUGAAAUGUUUGAAUUUAUCCUAAAAAGUGUGUGUAUCUAGUAUCUAGGCGGUUUGCAAUUUCAAAAAAUAAAUAAGUAGAAAAGUAUCGCUCUGAAGAAAAAAAAAAGGAUAAAGUGUAUCUACAAUAAUUCCAGCAGUAAUAUCUACUUCUUAGCAACAACAACAAGAAGAACAACAACAACAACACUCACAGCAAAAUAAGGAUGGAAAGUUCUCCAAAUUCCAUUGAGAUGCAGAUAGAUAGCUUCCUGGAGCAUUUUAAGCGAAGUGCUUCUAAGGCCAUGGACGCCGACUGGGUUGUGGGUGGUAGCAGCAUAAGCAGCAUGAGCAGCAGUUGCAAUGGAGUGUCUGCUUUUGGGAAUUUAACCAAAACUAGAAGCCGUUCAAGUUGCUUGGAUGUAACGGAAUUGUCAGACAAUGAUGUCGAAUUUGCCCUUGCCGAGUCGAAAGCAAUGGUUAUGAGUGCAUCCCGCCAACAUGUCCUUCAAUCACAAUCAUCUGUUAAUAGUACAGCGUCAAUACAAACAGUCCUUCAUCAAACUGAUGGGACAAUACAAACUUCAUUAAAUCAACUUCAAACAUCGAUAAUAAGCAACGGUUCUGGACAAUCACAAUUGCAUUUACAGCAACAACAACAGCAUCAAAAUCAAAAUCACCAACAACAAUUACAAUCCUCUCAAAAUCAUCAUCAUCAUCCAUCAGAUAGUAUAAGUUCGUUUUUAGAUCCACCAUCAGCUGUAAUGAGUGGUGUUAAUGGAGGAGGUGAAAGUCCUUUAAAUAUUGGAGAUGUUGCUGAUUUACUGCAUCCGCAACAUGCAAUUAUUACAGGUGGAAGAUCUACUGAAGGCUGUCCACUUAUAAUAUUUCCUGACAAUAAUAAUUUUCAUGUGCUAGAAGAAGCUGAUUACCAAAAAUUAAUUUUAUACUUAACUUCAGUGCCAUCUAUGCAAGAUGCCGAUCUAGGAUACCACCUAAUAAUUGACAGGCGGAAAGACAAAUGGACAUCAGUGAAAGCAGUUCUACACAAAAUAUCAAUCUAUUUUCCUGGAAUUGUUCACGUUGUAUAUGUUUUGCGACCAGCAGGACUCUUCCAAAAAGCAAUAUCAGAGGUCAGUACAAAAUUUUCCAAAGAUGAAUAUCGAUUUCGUCUAGUCAUCUGUUCGGCUUUAACGGAUCUACAUGAAUAUCUGGAUCAAUCUCAGCUUACAUUGGAUAUGGGUGGAACAUUAGUUUAUUCACACCACGAAUGGAUUCAACAAAGAAUUUCCUUAGAAAAAUUCUCAAGUCUAACACAUCAAGUAUCAAAUGAAUUAGAUAUAUUCAUUCAAGUUAUUCACGAUACAGAAUUUCCUAACUCUGUUGAUGCUACACAAAAAUUAUUAGACGAUCAAGGAGCUGAUUAUGAUCGAUUAAAGGUUUCAACAAAUUAA